AAGAAAAUCAAAGGAUAAUGAUAAGGCUCAUUAUGACCUUAUGGACAUGAACAUAAGAAGUUAGCUACAUCCAAGGAUCCAUCAAAGCAAUGGUAGAAAGUAUUUGCCUAGAGCUUGUUAUCAAAUGACAUCAAAUGGAAGGAAUCUUUCUUGGAAGUUCUAAAGAAUAUGAAAUCUUCUGAUGAAUGUGUUUCUAGUAUUCCAAGAUGUGUGCAAGUGAAACAACGCAAGAUAUUUGGUCUCAAAAGUUAUGAUUGUCAUCUCUUAAUGCAAGAGUUUCUUCCUAUUGCUAUGAAAGGUUGUUUGCCCAACAAUGUGAGUAAAGUGAUAAGUGAUCUUUGUCAUUUCUUUAAAGAACUAUGUGGUAAAGUGCUUAGUGAGCAUAAUUUGGAGCACUUGGAGAAUCGAAUAGCUAAAACAUUGUGCCAAUUAGAAAAGAUUUUCCCUCCAUCUUUCUUCACUAUAAUGGUGCAUUUGGUAAUCCAUUUGGCAUAUGAGGCAAAAAUUGCUGGUCCAGUUCAUUAUCGAUGGAUCUAUCCAAUUGAAAGGUUCCUUUUUACUCUAAAGUCAUUUGUUCGUAAUCGAGCACACCUAGAAGGUUAUAUUGCAGAGGGUUAUUUAGCUAACGAAUGCUUGAUAUUUUGUUCACGAUAUCUCUCUACAGUGGAAACACGGUUUAGUCGACCUAGUCGAAAUGAUGAUUCCUCUUUUGUAGAAAAUGCCAAUGUGUUUAAUCCUAGAGGUAGACCAUUAGGGAGAAAAAAUCUUGUUGGGUUUAAAGUGAAGAAAAGGAAAAGAGUUUCUCGAGUUUCUCUUGAUAAAAAAACAUUGCUACAAGCACAUAGAUAUGUGCUUUUCAACAACACUAAUGUUGACCCCUUUCAAAGAGAACACAUUGACUUUAUCAAGAGACGUAAUCAAAAUCGUCGGCUAUCACCAUAUGAUAUUGAAAAAAUUCAUAGUCGAACUUUUUCUGAUUGGUUUCGCGAAAGAGUAGCUGUUUACGGUGAUUUCCGGUAA